AUGAAGCAUUGCAUUCUAGAUACCGGAACAUCGGUGGCGUACGAGCCUGAAAAUGUCGAACCGAUCGUUGACUUUGUCUUCGUCCAUGGGCUCCAUGGCCACCCCUACAAGUCAUGGACUAAGUCUAUUGAAAAGCGCAGACCCUCAUCCCCAGCUGCUGCGGGGAAGGCAUCUUCAAAUACAGGCAAGGAUGGGAGGGAAAAUCUCAUCCGCCGUGCUCUAGCACGUCUCGGAAGGUCGUCAUCGAAGACAUCGCCAGAACCGGCAUCCCAGCCUAGCUUAAGCGAAGUAGAUGACACAGAGAGUGUUCUGGAGGCUCUUUUUUGGCCAGCAGACUUACUGCCUCUGGAAUGCCCGAAUUCUAGAGUGUUAAUGUACGGAUAUGACUCCAAAAUAACCAAGUACACAUCCGGCGCCACAAAUAAAAACAGCUUGCUAUCUCACAGCAAAGACCUCUUGUUCUCCCUUGCUCGACAUGGGGUCUACAACCGGCCUCUCGUUUUCGUUGCCCACAGCCUAGGUGGCAUUGUUGUCAAAGAAAUGCUCGGCCGAUCAUCAUUAUCAGCGGAGGACGACCUUCGCAACAUUGUCGAGUCCACCGCGGCCAUUAUCUUUCUUGGAACUCCCCAUAGAGGCAGCCCCGAACUCGCAGCCAUUGGAGAAUAUCUCCGCUCAAUCGUCAACGGCCUAGGAAUGGAGACUACCGCAACAAAUCUUGACGCUCUUGGCUUAAAGACUACGGAUCUAGAACGAGCACAGGAAGCCUUCUCUUCAGUCUGGAAUAAGUAUGACUUUCGAGUCAAGACGUUUCAAGAGAGCCUGAGUAUGACUGGUAUCGGGUUUGGCCCCCUUGGAAACAAGGUUGUGCCUGACCACUCAUCGCUGAUUGGAGAUGUUCGUGAACGGGCUGAAACACUUCAAGCAAAUCAUAAAGACAUGUCUCGGUACAGCGGGCUUGAGGAUCCAAACUACCGCAAAGUUGGCGGGGAACUAGGCUUUUUGUAUCGGUCAUUAGUAAUUGUGAAUUCGCAGCCACCUCUCAGAGCUGGCCCUUCGACAGAGCGAAAGAAGUCGACUUCCAGGCCUUUUGAUGAGGAAAAAUUCCUUCCACUGAAGAAUUCCACGCUCGAUUUGUUGUGGUCCCCAGCGAUGCAUUCGAGGUACCAGGACAUCGCGCACCCGGCGGAUACCACAUGCUCGUGGUUAUUCAACCACCAGUUAUAUCAGGACUGGUACGGUGAACCCAGUGCUCAUAACCAAUCCGGGCUUCUAUGGCUCAAAGGGAAACCUGGAGCAGGCAAGUCGGUUUUGAUGAAAGAGGCCUUUCGUCACGCGGUUAGGGACCAGAAAAUGUCCAAACACUUGGCGGCGGCGUUCUUUUUUGAUUCUAGAGGGACCGAAUUGCCGUGUUCGGAGUCGAUCCUUUUCCGCUCCUUGCUGCAUCAGUUGUUAGUGAAGAGUGACAAGUUAGUUUUGCUCUGGUGUGAGAAACUCCAAGAAGAGUCCACUACAACUGAGUCUAUGCUUUCUAAACCCCACGAACUGAAACAUUUCUUUCGGCAUAUCGUUUCUCAAGACAUUUCAACACCAAUUAUCCUGUAUAUUGACGCUCUUGACGAAUGUGAUUCGACGAGUAUGCGGGACCAAGCCUAUUUCUGGCGUGAAAUUACCGCCGAGGCCCGAACCAGAGGGACUCAAUUGAGGGUCUGUCUAUCAAGUAGGCAUUUCCCAAACGUUGAUUUGGCAGACUGCCCUGAGAUCAUCAUGGAGGGCAACAACCACCAAGAUAUUCAUCAGUAUAUCAAUAACAGGUUUGGACUUGUGCACCAAGGCGAAACUCAGGAUUCUUCCAACGCCUUUACUCCCAUAUCAAUACUUCGGUCUUACGAAGCGGGUCAAGAGGAAAUCUUGAAGAAGGUCAUAUUUAAAAAGUCGAGCGGCGUGUUCUUAUGGGUCGUUUUGAUCGUUGAAGAAGUCCUUCGCAACCGAGAUGAGGGAAAAGAUUAUAUUUACUUGCUUGACAAAGUUCACGCGGUCCCCAGGCCCCUUGAGAGCAUGUUCAAAGCCCUACUCCAAUUUUCUAGCGCAGAAGAAAAACGCAUUGCGUUGUGUCUUUUUCAAUGGGCAAUACUCUCGGUCUCCCCUCUUCGACUGCAUGAGUGGCAUCAUAUUUUAGCCUUCAUUCGAUUCCCAUCCCUGUCUUCGCUAUCAGAAUGGAGAAGCAAUAUUCAUUGUACCAAGACGGAUGAUCAAUUGGAGAAACAAAUUAGAAGUCUUUCAAAGGGGCUGGUUGAAGUACGACGGACAGCAGCAGACGAACCCCAAGGAGUAGCGUUUGACUCGUUGUCCCUGCACGCUGGGGCAGGCUCACUCAACCUCGAUUCAGGUGGAACUCGGGUCGUUCAAGUCAUCCAUGAAUCAGUACGUGGUUUUUUCCUGCGCGGGAAUGGGUUUGCGUUACUGGACCCAAACCACCCUUCUAAUCCUGUCGGCUACGCGCACAUGGAAAUCAUGAACACAUGCCUUAACUAUAUUCAUAUCCACGAACUCGAUGCACUUGUGGACGCACGAAAACGUAGAGAAAGACCCCCGGUUGAUCGAAGGAGCUCUACUAAACAGGCUUUGUCGCGGCCUGACGAAGCAAGCCAUGAGUUGGGGACGAAUGAACCGUGGACCCAAGACGCCCCAAUGGACAGUUCGAGCCUUAGUGGUCUUCAGAAGCCGCGGAAGCUUGACACCCACGUGGUAAAUAGAAAAUUGUUGACUCGGAAAGUCUUCGGAAUGAUGCAGGUCCAGGUUUCCCCGAUAGACAUCCAUCUCUGGAUGUCGACGAACAAAUCCGAACGGGACGAUCUUUCAACUAGCGGAGCCCCGGCUCUCUCUGUUGCAAAUUCCUCAAUAUCUGGGCAAUCCCAAACUCUGGAAGAUCAUCCAGCCCUGCUUUCAUAUGCGACGCAAGAGUUUUUCACCCAUGCUAAAUUCGCUGAUUUGCCGUAUACAAACUGUCACGAGAUUCUAUAUAGACUCUUGAAUCUAAAUGCGUGGUCACGUUUAAAAGCCUUGAGGGAAGAUAUCCCCUUUGAUUCCCGGAUUUUGGAAUAUGCCAGUCGACUUGGCCUUGUUUCGUGGGUCGCAGAUAUCCUUUUAUCCCAAGUUGGAACACUGUCUCCGAAUACAGAAGAGCUUCUCGACAAAUUUCAUUCUGAACAGAAAUACAGGCGGCUUGCUUUGAGUUGUCCUCACCUCGUCGAUGAUAGAUUGCGCCUUUGUGAAUCCAUCAUAAAGGACUUCAAGAAAACCUUUCCUCGGCUAUUCGGGGAGUCUGAACCGGUAGAUAAUGUCGAAACCCUCGAACCUGAACCGGUGGAUAAUCUUGAAACCCCUGAAACGCGGUCGGGCGGUAGAGCUACCUAUACUUGGAAGGGUAGAAAUGUAGAAGAACUUACUUACGGGUCAUACCUUAACGCAAUACCGAGAAAACGAAGAAGCAUUGAAAGUUUUGGCUCAGCUAGCAGCCAUUCUGGAUCUAUACACGGCAGCCCUGUUGAAUGGAAUGACGGGUUUUUCCAAGAUUGA